UGCAAGAAGUGCGUGAGUCUGUCUGAGCAUGUGCUGCUGCUGCUGCCGCUGCUGCUGCAGUGAAGUAAAAUGUGUCAAUUUCCACCGGACAGCAGAGACACCGUGGAGGAAGGAGAAGCCGGGGACAAGAGCCGAGCUGCAGACUGACACCGCGACAUCCUGGACAACCUCCCCGGGUGAUGUGUUUGAUCCGCUGGCCUGUGUGCUGAGGGAGACGCCGCAAUCUGAAGACCUGCAACUCAUCAUCACAAAUAGAACAUUUGUGUGAUAACAAGAGAAAGGAUGGUGACCAUGGAAACCCCAGAGGCUCCUGUACCUCUCACGGCGCUGUCACGCUGGUAUCUCUACGCCAUCCAUGGCUACUUCUGCGAGGUCAUGUUCACAGCCGCCUGGGAGUUUGUGGUGAACUGCAACUGGAAAUUCCCGGGGGUGACCAGCGUGUGGGCGCUCUUCAUCUACGGCACCUGCAUCCUGAUCGUGGAGCGGAUGUACCUGAAGCUGCGCGGCCGCUGCCCCGUGCUGCUGCGCUGCAUCAUCUACACUUUAUGGACGUACCUGUGGGAGUUCGGCACGGGGCUGCUGCUGCGCCAGUUCAACGCCUGCCCCUGGGACUACUCUGAGUUCCGCUACAACUUCAUGGGACUGAUCACGGCCGAGUAUGCCGUGCCCUGGUUCUGCGCCUCCUUCAUCGUGGAGCGCUUGGUCAUCCGCAAAACGCUGCGGCUGCGCUUCCACGAGGGGCCGGAGGACGGUUGGUCAAACCAUCGGUUAGAUGGCGGGGGCGGAAGAGGGACAGGAGGACCUGUGGGUGGUGGGAGGAGGAGAGAAAGAAGCAGAGGGAUGAGAAAUGAUGCUAACGGCUACCUUAAAGGAGAAUGAAGGAAGGAAGAACACAAUCUGAAACCAGCCCAAUCGCCCUGCUACACCUCCUCUACCCUCCUCAGUCACUUUUCAUAAGCAGUCCUCCCCCAUUAACUGUUCAGGGGGGAGACAAACUGACAGCCAUGUACACUGGGCUGGUGUGCAGAGGUGUACAGAGUAUCAGAACAGCCAGAAAACAAAAUCUAACUGAGGCUUCAAACGCCUAAAAUCACUCACUGUGCUCUCUACUGACAACAGAGGCACAAUAACUCCAUGCUGCUGUGUUUGCUGCAUCUCAUAACACACCCACCCAUCUCCAUGUGGGGUUGACCUUAAGGAGACCAAGGUCUUGAAUGGCCAGGAUGACACCUUCAGUAUCUCCUGUCCCACAGACUGCACAGACCUCGGGAUGAUUAAAAAAAAAACUACUGUUGCAAAGAUUAGUGUUAUCGUCCCGCGAAGGAACAAAUUCAAAAACAAUAUUUCUGUUUUUCAAGGGCACAUCAGUCUAUCUGAAAGCAGAAGGCUUGCUGCAUACAAAUCCUAAUAACAAGUAGCUACAGCUGUUCUUUUUAAAAUGUACAUACUGUCCUUUAGUAUUAUUCAAAGUACUGUAGUAAUGUAGCUACAAAAAGCUCUUUAAGAACAUACCGUCCACCCUGAGGCUCUGUGUGUCCGCUUACAUCAUGAAGAAUGUUUUUAGUGAAUACCCACAAUGCCUGGAAAAAAAUGCAUGAAAAAGUUGUCUUCCAAUAUAAUAUACAUUUUUACAAAGUUCAUUUAGCAGUCAUUCUGUCCGUCAGUCUGCUGCUUGUGUGUGUGGGGAACGAGAGUAGCUCAGGCAGUGGAGCCGCUCGACCAGUUAUCACGGUCGAUUGGCGGUCGUCUCCUCCUGACAGCAUGUUGAAGUGUCCUUGAGCAAGACACCGAACCCCAAACUGCUCCUGGCGAGCAGGUACACGGCCUUGCAUGGCAGCUUCCCCACCAUCCGUGUAUGAAUGGUCGUGUGUGUCGGCUAAUGUGAGGGAUUUUAAGGCGCUAAAUAGAUGCAGUCCAUUUGCUAUAAUAGCAGGGGCGCUUUUCUGUUAAUGACAAUGAUUAUGAGUCAUGAGCAGCAUAAAGCACCAAAUCUCUGGCUAAUUUUUUUCAGUUUUUCAGAAAAGCUUUUCAUGUUUGCAUGUCCAUUGUGUGCGCUUUAAUGUCAUCUCGAUUCUGCUGCUGUCACAAAGGCCUCAUUUCUUAAUUUUCAUUCACUGAAAAUCAAUCAGUCAAUUCAUACAAUUUUCUUGUGAGAAGUUUUUUUUCGUCACGCCAGCUGCCACACGAUCAAAGAAGUUUGUCCAUUGAUAAAGUAGCAAUAGUCAAAUUUGAGUGACACAGAAUGACAAGUGGUUCAGGUGUAACGUCAGGUUUUCAGAUUUGAGGAUGACCUGUAAAGAACAAACGGUACAUUCACAGGUUUUGCCCAUUGGAGCGUUUGUUCAAAGUGUUGUGGCUCGUCACGUUUUCAUGACCUCUUUCCUUAUUUGUGUUACAGUUUGACAAGUGUGUGAAGUGAAGAGCAGGAAAUAUGCAGCAGAUAUAAUGAAAUGAUUAAUUAAAGGAAACCCUCACAUUUGCUGCUCAUCUCUUUCCAGCAUUAACGAUCUGUGAGUCACAAUUGAUUUGGUUUCCUUGGUGAAUAAUGACCUCUGUGGCGUUGCACAAGACUUAGAACAGUUCAGGUAGCAUUAGAUUAACUGUCACUGGAUUCUGAAUGGUCUUAACUUCACAGCUACAUGGCAACAUCCAGACAUCUGGUACUCCGAGCAGGUGAAAACAUGCUUUUUGCGAAUAAUCCUCUGGUGUUGUUACUCUUACUGUUGAUCCUGACACUUCCUGUGCUCUGUGAGUGAAAAGAUCAAGGACUGUGCGCUCACCUUAAUGCACACGGGAGCUGACGGUAACGUUUUUAGCUUGAGUCGGUGGAUCUGGUGCUACUGCGUGAAACAGUUGUGACACUUCAAGGUGCCAGGGGACUCACAAUAUACAUGAAAUGGAAACAUGGUUGCUGAUUCCUCAGGAGGACCAUUCAUGUUAUUGACUCUAUCACAACAUUUUGUGCUGACAAUAGCUGAACUUCCACAUUUUGACCAAAAAAAAAUGCAAAAAACAAAUCCAUGUUUCCACGACACUACUGGACUAUGUAGAGGUGUGACCUUCAUCAUUGUGGCUGCAAUGGCAUGCAGUGUUUCCCCCUCACUGUCUCCCCUGUGAGUCCAUAGGGUGGAUGGCAGGAAGCUGUGCCACAUGAGGUACACUGCUGCCACCCGGUGGAUGAAUUGAAAACUGCAGCUGGAAAAUGUUUUUUAAAGCUUGGACAAGAACAUGAAGGUCACAAAUCUGUAUUAGGAUCAAAAACAAAAUGAUGUUUUUUUGUUUUUAUUAUUAUUAUUAUUAUUAUUAUUAUUUUAUGUCAUUCAUGAAUCAACAGGCUUAAAAGCAAUAGAGGCUUCUGACCCAGCAAUGAUUACCCAGCUCAAGGCCGUUAACUUUUUCUCUUUAAAAAAUUUACUAAACUACAUUAUGAGAACUGGUAUGCAGCUAAUGUCUUUAUCCAAUUCUACUGCUUCGACGAGACAAAUCACACAACAACAUGCAAAAUGAAGUGUAUUUGUUCUCUGCAAUAUGUGAAUGAAGGAGUAUUAGGUGAGUGUGUAUAGUGUGUGUUACAGAGGCUAAAUCUCUGUAUGUGUAUGUGCAUGUACAGUAUGUUAAAACUGAACUGACUUUCUGGUAUUUUUAUCUCGAGGUUGCAUGUGUCCAAAAGUUUUCAAUCUCUCCUCCAAACAGAUUUUAUCCAAGUGAUUAUUAGCCCCAUGUGCUGUAUAUUAUUUUUUCAUUGAAAUGUGCAGGUUUUUAGUGAAAUGACUGUACUGUAUAUCACUCACUUUGAUUAUGUUACAUGUAUGAUUUAUCAAACUUUGGGAUUAAAUGUAUUUAUUUGAUCAUAAAACCUGUUUGAUUUGGAAAACAUUUCUCUUCUGACUGCUAACAAAAGAUUUUUCAAUGACCCUUAAAUUCAUAGGUUGAUAAAAUAUUCCUGCAUUUGCAUUGUCAUUGAAUUUGGUACAGACACAAUGAAUCCUACUGCCUUUUGUGGUUCCCUAAAUUUUCCUCUAGCCCAGUGGUUCCCAACUGGUUCAGCCACAAGGUCCAGAUUUCUCCUUAGUCAUUAGUUCAA